UCCGAAAUUUGUUUACACUUGUUCUCUCCCUAGCUGGGACAUAGUGCAUCACUGAUACCCAAAAAAAGGACUAACAACAACAACUUGUUCUCUCCCAACUGUAUUAUCAUUUUGGAGCAGUUGAUUGUUUUGAUACACACAAAUGGGAAAACAUAAUAACAAACAGUGAAACGUUCUUUGACGAAAUGGAGCCCUGCGUGUCACAACGGAGUGAUUCGAGAACCUUGCUCCAAGAUCUAAUACCAGUGCUCCAAAAAUUUGACAAAACCAAUCAAAGCAUCGAUGAUAUACACGUAACCAAGAAUCAGUUCACAAUCGGCCGAGCACGAGAGAACGAUGAGGUUAUUUGUAGCAUGGUGAUCUCCCGGCACCAUUGUAUGCUAGAAUGCGACGGAAAUGGUGAUUGGGUCAUAAAAAACUUCAGCCUAAACGGAACUGUUUUGAAUGGUCAGUUUUUGGGUCCGAAUGUGUCCAGAAGUAUUAGUCUCGGGGACGUAGUGCAAUUCUCUGUUGUAGGAGAUUAUAAAUAUUUUUUCACCUUAAGAUUCAAAGACGAGGUUCCUGUGAAGAGACGACGAACUGAUGAAACUUCUCAAAAUGAAAAUCUCUCGAGAAUUCACACAUUUGCGGAUUAUCAAGAAUCGAAAAGAAAAGAAAUGGAACAGGAUCUCCAAUCGAAGAGAAAGGAACAAAACGACUUGAAAAUGCUGCUAGAAGAUUGUUUGCAGAGACAAGAAACUGAAAAUGAUUUUAUCAUGACCGAGAGGAUAAACAGUUUGAAGAGCGCUUUAGAAUCAGCCGAUCAAAUGGUGAAAAUUUUGGAGGGAACGUACAAUUGUUAUCUGUCGAGAAUGGAUGAAGAGCGAAAAGAAUUCGAUGCCAAACUUGUGAAAGAAGGGACAAAGCUGCAAAGGGAAUUGAAUACAAGUGAUAAGCAAGUGGAGAAAAUAAUUGGACAGAAGAUGGAAAAGUGGACGAGAGAACACCAGACUAAGUGGUCUGACAUUAUGAAGGGAAUGAUGAAAGAGGAAAAGAGUAAGCAGGAGAAAUUGGAGAAUGAGAAUUCGAGUCUCGCGGCCAAAUUGAGAAAAGCCGAGGAGGCAUUGAAAAUGACUGAGGACGCCCUCAGGGAGAAAUCUGCUCUGGCUAAACAUCUCCAACAGCAACAGGCUCGAGAAGUGAUAGACUUAGAGAAGGAGUCAGGAAGUUAUUCGUCUGAUGAAAUUCCAUCCACCUCUAAAAAUAAUCUUCGUGACAAGGUAGAAAAUAUCUUAGACGAACAAUUAUCCUGCAGCAUAUGCUCUGAAAUCUUCGUCAAUCCUACAUCCUUAAACUGCAGUCACACAUUCUGUCAGUACUGCAUAUCUUCAUGGAAUAAAAAAACCAAAAAAGCCAAUUGUCCAAUAUGUCGCGUAAGGAUAAAAUCAAUGAAUCAGUCACGGGUCUUUGAUUGUCUCAUUGAGAAAAUGGUAAGCGAAUUAUCCUCAGAGUUGAAAAAACGGAGAGAACAACUCAUUAAAGACCGUAGAGGCAGUUGAGGAUGAUUUAUUUUUAAAUAACGUUAGGAGUCUUUAUAUAAGGGUAUAAAUUAUAUAAACCCGUACGCUCAUACGUGUUUUGUCGUAAACCGAUAAGAAAUGACGUAAAUGAAAGGAAGUGUGAUUCAUGCGACUUAGGUCAUAGAUACAGUCGUAGCGCUUCUGUUUAUAAAUUUGUAUUUAAUUACGCAGAAAUUAGGUAAUGAUUAAUGAGACCGUAUCAUUUUUUUCAUUCGAUACUAGUUAGAAUAAAUUGUAGAGAAUUGAUGAAUAUUUUCCUAGAAAACUGAAUGUAUACUCUAUUAUGAUUUCAUAAAUAAUUAUGAAAAGUAA